AUGUCAUUCUCGUUGUACGACAUUCGUAAGAAGGCCCGUGCAGUGCAAAACUACCUGGUUUCUGACCCUCAGCCAGAGCUCACUGUUGUGAGACAGGCCACAACGACGGAUCCUUGGGGGCCCACGGUGAAGGAGAUGGACCAGGUGAAGGAUCUGCUGAUAAAGAGUGAGCCGGAGUUCGUCAUCUCGCUGAUAACCGAUAGAAUAGCGGAGUACGUACAGUCGUAUGGAGGCGCAACACAGUCGAGCUACUACUCGCGGGCAGUGCACUACUUGAACAUGGGCUCGGAGUGGAGAAUCGUGUUCAAGUGUCUGAAGGUGCUGGAGUACCUGGUGAUAACAGCAGAUGACACUGUCGUGCCUGUGAUAGGAGACCACAUGUCGCUGCUCGAGGAGAUUGGUAACUACGCUGUGGAUGAGAGUGAUGUCACGACCAAGGGUUUGCAAAAGAAGGAGCAUCGGGAAAUCCUGCGGAAGAAAAGAGAUGAGCUGGUACGGUUACUGAAGGACCACGAGUUCAGAGACUCACAGAGAUUGAUAUUCAUGAAGUUACAGUCGCAAGAAGGUAUAGAAAACGGGCCCAUCGAGCCCAAGAAGAACUUUGAUGAUGACGUCCCCGGGUUCAUGCAGGACUUCAAGGUGAAACAGAUGGAUCGUCACAAGAUGGCGAAUUCGAACCUGAAGAACGAGAUCAGGACAGAAUGGAGCCACAUGGCUCGUCCCAAGGAGGUGCUACCGGGUGAUUAUGGGGUCAUAGGGUCUGGCCAGGCCGGCGAGUCUCUAUUCGAUGAGGAGGAGCUCAACGACGUACAAUACACUGAUAGUCAUCAAGAGUAG